AUGCAGUCAGAUGAUGUUAUCUGGGAUACACUAGGAAACAAACAAUUUUGUUCCUUCAAAAUAAGAAUGAAGAAUCAGGGCUUUUGUAGAAAUGAAUACAACUUGACUGGACUGUGUAAUCAGUCAUCCUGUCCCUUGGCAAACAGUCAGUAUGCCACUAUCAAAGAGGAGAAAGGACAGUUCUUCCUGUAUAUGAAGGUCAUAGAACAAACAGCUUUCCCAAGACGUCUCUGGGAAAGGGUCGGGUUCAGUAAACACUAUGAGAAAGCAUUGGAGCAAAUAGAUAAAAAUCUGAUUUACUGGCCACGUUUUAUUCUACACAAAUGCAGGCAGAGAUUCACCAAGCUCACUCAGUAUCUAAUUCGAAUACAAAAACUUACACUAAAGCGACAGAAGAAACUUGUUCCUUUGAGUAAGAAGGUAGAAAGGAGGGAAAAAAGAAGAGAGCAAAAGGCAUUAAUAUCUGCUCAGUUGGACAAUGCCAUUGAAAAGGAAUUACUGGAAAGACUGUGGGCUUGCAUAGAUGGUGAAGUAGCCUACUUCCUACAUGACAUUGCCGUGGUAGAAGUUUUUAUGUCUGAAGCAAUAGCUGUUUCUUGA